AUGGAAAAAUUACAAAAGUUUGUUAAUGAGUUCUAUUAAAAAUUGAAUGCUAAGCCUGAUGAAUUUGCUAUAUGUAGAAUUAGACUCAAAUCAUACCUUUAACAACUCAAUUUUCAAUAUGGUGAUAAUAUUUAAGAAUAAGAAAAUCAAUAUUUAAAUUAAUUGUCAGAAGAAAAUGACUCUUAUUUAAGCAUUGAAAAUGAUAGAGGAAUUACAGCUGAAUAUAAUGAGAUGAAGUAUUUUAGAAAAUUGGCUGAAUUUAUUAAAAAACUUAAAAAAUAACAUUUAUAAUCCAAUUAUUUACCCACUAAUUCUCCAUAAAUUGGAAGAUUAUCUAGAGAUAGAUUAUUAGAAAUCCUAACUUAAGAAGUAAAUGAUUUAAUCUGCAUGUCUUAAUUUAUUCAUCCUUAUUCAGGAAUACAUUAAUAAUUGAAAAUCAUUGAAUAAUAAAUCAAUCUCUUAAAACAAAUUAAGUAAUUUGAGGAGUAAGUCUAAAUUAAAUCUCCUUUAAAUUAACCUAAUAAUAUCUCUAAAGAAAUAUCAACUUUAAUUUCAAAUUAAGAUGAAAAUUUCAUAUAAUAAUUAUAAAAAGAAGGUUUUCAUAUGACUAGAAUAAGUUAAGUAUUUUAUUAUUAAAGAUACUUGUUAUCUUAUUUUUUGAGAUCUGAACUUUUUGGUUUAGAUUUACCUCCUGGAUUUGUUAUUAGAUUAACACUUACAAAUAAACCAAAAAGAUAUUAAUAUUAUUUUGUUACCCAAAUAAAAGAGGAAUCUGAAUUGAAUAUUAAAAAAAAUGAAUUUGCUAAACAUUUUCUAUCCCUUUUUGUUUCUGAUCAUUUGGAUCAUUUAGUUCCUAAAUAUUUUGGUAAUUUACAUGCUUUUUAUGGAAAUGCUAUGUAAUCACAAAUAACAUAAUAUGAACAAUUUAAAAAUCCUUUAUUUCAUUUUAAAAAAGAUAUCUUUGAAGCAUCUUAUGAUUUAUAAGAAUUCAAUGAAAUCAAACCAAAAGAUAUUUUUGAAGCAUUUCUUAAAUUUCUUGAUUUUCUUGCAGAAACACAAAUAUUUGAUUUUAAUUAUCAUUCUAAAACAAAUCAAGAUAGAAUAAAAUCAAUGUAAAUUAGUGAAGAAGUUAUUUCAAUUACUUAUAAAAGAAUGAAAAAGAUGGAAGAUACAUUUAUUUACAUUUAAGAAGUAAUAUUUCCUUAACAUUAUAAUGUAAGAUUAAUAUAAAUUACUUAAUUAUUGAAUCCUUUGUUUUUUUAAUUUAUGCGUUUGGAGACAAGCAAAUUAUAAAGAUUAACUGAUUAUGAAGAUUUUAUUAAUAAGUUAAAUUUAGAAGAAGUUAUGCAUAAAUUAGUUGAUGGAUAUUUACUAAUAAAAUAUAAUAAUUAAUUAAGAGAAUUAAAGUAGGAAGUAGAUAAAUAAAAUAAAUAAGUGUUAAAAUCACCAUCAUUUACAAUAAUUGAGUUUUUCUAAAAAUUGAAUAUUAAUUAUGAUAUUAGUUUAAUUAAUAGAAUUAAAUUAAUAGAUUAUUUGGCAUAUACAAAUUUUUAUAAUUUAGAUACUUAAUUUAAAAAUCAUUAAGAUGAAAUAUAUGAUUCAGUAAUAAAAAAUUUUAAUAAAUCAUGGUUUGAUUAUGAAUUAUGGAAAUAAGCAUUUUAAGCAAAUUAUUAAUAUGCAUAAUCAAGUUCAUAAUUUAAAAAUACUUUUCUUGUUGAAUUAUUAGCUAUUUAAUUUUUAGGUAAUAAAUUUUAAGAAUUGAAUUUAAAUUUAUUUGAAUCAAUUUCAGAAAUAGAUUAAACUGAUGAAAAAUGUAAUAAAAUAAUAUUAUAUUUAAUGAAUAAGAAAUUACAUAAUAUUGUUGGUUUAGGAUAACUUUCAAUUGCUGAAAGUUCUCUUAAACAUAAAAAGUUUAAUUUAUUUUUGAAAUUGUUAUCGAUAGAGAAUAAUAGAAAAAUAAGAAAUAAUUUUUUUGAUUAUUUAUUAGAAGAUGACAAUUAAUUAUAAAAAUAUCAUAAUUAAAUAUUUGAAGGUGUUGAAAAAUAUUAUCCACAUUUAUUAGGAAGUUUAUAAUGGAAUUAUUUUUGGACUCAAAUGACAAAAUAAAGUGGAUAAUAUGAAUUUUAAAUAUUAUAUAAAGGAUCAGUCUAUUUUACAAAUUAAUAAUAUGAAUGUAUUUUCAAUAAUAAUCUUUUGGAUAAUAGAUAAGAUUUACCAAAUUAUUUAGAAGUCAAUUUAAAUACAAUUAUUAAUUAAAAUUUUGAUAAACAUUUUGCAUUACUUAAUUUGAAAGAUAAUUCAUUAUUAUUUAUGUAACCUAAUUUUCCACUCUAAAAAUAUAUGGCAAUAUCACUUUAUAAAUUGAUAUAAUUAGAUUAAUUUAUAUCUAAAGUAGAAUUGGCAACUCAUAAAGGUUAAAUUUAUUCAAUUUAUGAAGUGAUCAAUACAAUGAUAGAAGGAUAAAGGAUUAGAUUUACAAUAGCAUAAUAUAUGUUACAUCAUCAUUUCAAUGAAUAAAAUUUAAUAAACAAAAUAGGUUCCUAAAAUUUAGCAUAUAAGAUAUUAUUGAGUAUACUUUUAUUACCAACUAAUAUUACUCCUGAUUAAGAGUUAUUAGUACCUUGUGGUAAUUACUUUUCUCCUGUUACAACAAAUAUUUAUUUUGAUCCAAAACAUGAUAAUUUAAUUAAUAUUUGUGGAUUUGAAAGAGAAGGUGAUAAAAUAAAUUUAUGUUGUAAAAACAUAUAUUUUCUUACAUAAUUUAUGAAUGAAAAGAUAGAUCCAAAAUAUUUAAGUGUAUUUUCAAAUUUAACAAUUAUUUUAUAAUAAUGGUUAAAAUAAUUAAGUCAACUUGAUUUAAAGGUAGAUAAAACAUAAUCUAUAUUAAUUUUACCACUUAAUAAAGAAAAUAUGAUUGCAUUAAUACAUCGUGCAACUUUGAUAUAAUAAGCUAAAUAAAAUAUUACCUAUUUAGAUUUACUUAAAUAAUGUGAUCCAAAUUUAGGAGAAUAUUAUUAAACUCUUAUUAACAAUAGUACAUUAAAUUUAAUAUAAAAAUUUAAUGAACUUUCAAGUACUUUACCUAUUUGUUUAACUAGACAAGAUUUUAUAUCUUUUAGAGAAAGUUUUUCAUUUGCUAAAUAUCCUUCUAGUUUUUAAUUAAAGAAUUCUAUUGGACCAUCAAAAGGUUUGAAAAUGGUUUUAAAGUAUACAAGACUAUUAACAGAAGUAGAAGAUUUUAAUAAAAAAUUAUAAAUAAUAAAAAAACCAAAUCAUUUUUAAUUAUUAAUAAAUUCAAUUGAUUGGAGAAAUCUAAAAGAAUCUUAAGUAUCAUUAAUGUUAGAAAAUAUAUUAAAAUAUUCAUAAGAUUACAAUUAACCUUUUGAAUAUAUAAAUUUUAGUUGUUUAUCAUAUAGAUAAUUUUCAUAAAUAUUUAUGUAAUUUGAAUUAAUAAGAAUAAAGAUUUUAAAUAUUUCAUAUAUAGAUACAAUAACAGAUAAUUUUAUUAAUGAAAUUUGUUAUAAAUGUAGUGAAUUACAUGUUUUAAAUAUAAGUGGUUGUUCUGGAUUGAUUUAAUUGGGAGCUUAAAAGAAAUUGUAAUUUUUAAGAUUGAAAACACUAUUAGCUUCAGAGAUACCAAAUUUAAAAUCAAUAGAAAUGAGUGGAUAAUUCUUAUAGAAUUUAAAUAUUAAUAAUUGUCCAUAAUUAACAUAAGUUUAUACUAUUAAUUAAUUAAAUAAGAUAUAAGCAAAAGGUUGUAAAUAAUUAUAAUAAGAAAUAGUUGAAAUGUGGAUGUUGUAAGGAAUAUAAGUAAUUUUUGAUGAUAUUACAUCAAAUGGAGCUUUUAAAUAAUUAGCUAAUAAGAAAAUAAUAAAAGUUAAUGAAGAGGAAUCUUCAUUUUAAAAAACUUAUGUUGAAAUAAUGUUUUAAUUAUUAGGUGAUAUUUAUGAAAAAUUUUUAUUUACUGAUUAAACUUCAAGAUCACCAUUACCAACAUAUUUAGUAAAAAGUGGAAUUGUUAUUGAAGAUUAACAAAGUUAAUUUUUAACAUUUUUAUCAAAAUAACUUGAUGAAAAAAGUAAGAAAGUUUACAUUUUUGGAAUAUUUCAAUGUUUAUUUAAGAAUUAAUUUAUUAAUACUUUAGAAUUAUAAUCUUUGAUUUCUCAUAAAAGUGAAGAUAAACGAAAAUUUUUAGAUUAAUUUUUAGUUGAUUUAUCUUAAAUAAUUGAGAGUAGUAUAGGUAGAGAAUAAUUUUUAGUGAAUUAGACAGUGAAAUAAUUCUUAUAGAAUAUAGAAUGGAUAACAAUACCUAGUGCUAGUGAAUCUGUAUUAGAAAAAAUAAUAUAAUUGUUAUAAUAGAUUUCUUAUUAUAAAUAAUUUAUAAAAGUGAGUUUUGCUAAUUUAAAAAUGAUUAAAAGUUAAAUAAUUGAAAAGUAUCUCUCAAAUUUAAAAUAAUCAGAUAAAUAUUUACAUUUUCCAUCUUUAGAUUUUUCAGGAAAUAGUUUAACUGUAGAUAAUUUAAAUGAAAUAUUUAAUGAAAGUACAUUUAGUGUAAUUAAUAUUUAACAUUUAAAUUUGAGUAAUGCAGGAAUAGAUGAUAAUAUGUUAAUAUCAAUAAGUAAAUAAUUUUGGGAAUGUGAAAAUUUGAGAUAUAUUGAUUUAAGUAGAAAUUAAAUAACAAAUUAAGGUUUAAAUCAUUUAUUUGAAUAAGCAUUAUAAGAUAAAAUUGUUAAAACUCCUUUGAAUUCUUUGAAUUUAAGUCAUAAUAAUGUUGGAAAUGCUUAAUUUGAAUUAUUAUCAAAAUUAGAAUAAUAAUAAUGGUAAAAUAAAGAAAAUUAAAUGAUUUAUUUGAAGAAUUUAACAUUAUAAAAUUGUUUUUAAAUAGAUUAAGAUAUAACAUCAUUUUGUAAAUUCUUAUGUUAAAGUUACAACUUAUAAGCAUUAGAUUUAAGAAGAAACAAAUUUAAAUAAGAAACUAUUUAAGAACUUUCAAAAUCUAUUGGUUAAAAUAAAUCUUUGACUUAAAUAUACUUUUCUAAUUAAAUAAUUGAUUCAUGUUUAAAUUUUGAAGAAUUAAUUAAAAGUUAAUCAUUAUAAUAUAUGGAUUUAACAUUGAAAAGUUUUAAAUAAGAAAUCUCAUUUCUAUUUGAUAAAUUAAUUACACUUUCAAUCACUCUUUCAACUAUUGAUGAUGAUUCUCUUAGAAUAUUAACUAAACUUUAUCAAAGUAGUUAAACUGUAUUGAUAUUUGAUUUACAUAUUUUGGAUUAAGAAGUUAAAUAGAGAACCUUUUAUAAAUUAGGAAUGUCUAAAAUAAAUUACUUUAGAGAAAAAAAAGAAUAAAAAGAAACUAUGUUAAGUGAGAAAUUUGUUAAAUAAGAUACUUUAAGGAUAGAUAUCUCAGAUUACAGUUAUACUGGAUUAUCUUUGGAUGGAGGAGGAAUGAGAGGAUUAUUACCAGCAACAAUUGUCAAUUAUUUAUGUACAUAAAUGAAAAAAGAGCCAUAUUAAUUAUUUGAUAGUAUUGGAGGUACAUCAAUUGGAGGAAUGUUAGCUUUAACAAUGGUUGGAACAAAAGAUGGUUAGAAUCCAUUAGUUGAUAAGGAUGGUUUGAUAAAACUAUUUACUGAAGAAGGUAAGACUAUAUUUGAGGAUUCAAAGAGAGGUGUAUGGAAUAUUAUGAGUAAAUCUAAGUAUGAUGCCAAGGGAAUAGAGAAUGUAUUAUCUAGACAUUGUGGUACUGUGAAAUUGAGUGAAACUAUUUAAAAUACUAAUGUAAUUGUUACAGCUGUUAAAUUACAAAAGUAAAGAGGUGAAACAGUUGCUAAAGUAUUUAGUUCAAGAAAAGCCAAAGUUGAUCUAACUGAGAAUUUCUUAAUGAAAGAUGUAGGAAGAGCCACAUCAGCUGCACCAACAUAUUUUCCUGCUGCAUAAAUAAAAUCAUUAGCAGGAAAAGAAUAUUAAUUUAUUGAUGGAGGUAUAGGAGUAAAUAAUCCAUCAAAUUUUGUAUUGGAAGAUCUAAGAAAAUGUAUGUUAAAUAGGGAUUAAGAUAAUUUCUUCCUUUUAAGUCUUUCAACUGGAGUAGCUAAGUAAAAAUAACAACUUUAAGUUGAUGAAGGAUUAUUGAGUGUUGGGAAAAUAAUAGAUGCUUUUGGUGAAAGUAAUUAAGAUUUUGUUGAUCUUGAACUCAAAAGACAUGAAGGAAAAUAUCUCAGAAUAAUUCCAGAAUAUGAUCUUUAAGGUAAAUAUUUAAUUUAUAAAUUACAAAGAGAGUAUGGCAUAAAUGGAUUGUACUGAUCCAAAAGUUUUUGAGGAAUAUUAAUCAGCAGCUAUGGUUGCAGCAGAAUCAUAUUUUCAUAAAGAAAUAUUCGGAAGAUAUUAGGACAAAUCUUUCAUUCGGUGGUUGGAAGAAAAUACUGCAAGAAGACUAGAAUCAAAAUGA